GAGGCUCAACUCGUAUUCCCAUUGAAAAUGGCGCAGCAGAUGAGUACAUUAGGACAAGGGGUGGCCUGCGGCACCACCCCAAAAACCACUAACGAUAACCAUAACAAACAAAGUGUAAACCAUAAACAGAAGCAGUUGAUGAUGCAGAUACACUCCAUUCAAAUCGCUCAAGUAUCUGUAUCCGCAUUUGUAUCUGUAUCUUUGGCCGGUUCCGUGUGUCAACUUCAAUUACUUGCGCUGCCUAAUCGCGGGCUGAUAAGGGUAAUAAUAAACGGCAGCCUACCUGAUGUGCUCGCCCGUCUCUGGCCAGAGCCGGGCAACGCCUAUUAAACGCCUCGCUGCGCCCAAAUGAGAUUCGAAUGCCGAAUGAGAUGGGAAGCCGCUGCCAGACAGGGAUGGCCAUACGGUGCUGCUCUUGGCUGCGGUCGCUUGUGGUGCCAUUGUGGUGCACAAAAUGGUGGCUGUGCCUGUUCAGAGAGCAGCCUUAAAUAGCCAAGGAUGCGCAGAGCGCUGAAACAGUAGCUAUUUGGCACUGAGGCGCGCAAGGAUCGUUUAGGAUGAGUGAUUUUAGCAUCGACUACAUACUGAACCGCGCCGGCGACAGAUAUGUCGGCACCAAUGCCUCCGUGGGCAUAAUGCAGCGACUUGGAGUCAACCUGUAUCAUCCAUACGCUUCGCCUGCACGCAAGGAGCAGUUGCCGUCCGCAGCAUCAGUUUCCAUGUUGGAUGGACCGAUGCCCAUGUACGACUGGCUGCAAUAUACGCGUUACCAUCCGCCCAAGCUGCCGCGAGCGCUGCGUCAGGGACCCGCGAAGCGCACACCGGGCCGCCUGCCACGCAUUCCCUUCACACCCGCCCAGCUACAGGCAUUGGAGUGUGCCUACAAGGAGUCCAACUAUUUGAGUGCCGAGGAUGCGAACAAGUUGGCCGAAUCUCUGGAGCUGACGAAUACGCGCGUCAAGAUCUGGUUCCAGAAUCGUCGUGCCCGCGAAAGACGUGAGAAACGGGAGAAGGACGAGAGCUGCGACUCCACCUUCUCAUCGAAUGCAUCCAGUCCGGAGCCGGACACGGAGUCGGAUAUAUUGGUCAUUGUUUGAAAAGCAAUUGGAGCCUAAACGGGGCGUGUUUAGAAAGAAAGCUCAAAUUUUGGCUGUUAGUGUGUAAAUUGUGAUUGUUUGUACAUUGGAUUGAAAGACUUUUUGUAAAUAUUAUU